GGUCAGGACUCAUGACUCCUCCUCAAACAAUUACUCGGUGAAUCUCGGUCGAUUUCGACCCCCUACCCCCACAAUUUCAACGUCUCAAACCCCUCGAGAAAAGUAAAUAUAGUAAACAGUGUGGCUGAGGUGAUAUUGUUUAUUUUUUGUGACUGGUGUGUUCGUUGAUUGUCGUAUUUGUCGUGAUUUUUACCAAGGUGAUAUGCGGGUGGACAUCGAGAAGAUGGAGGUGACAGUGACAGUUAUUGUGAUGUUACUUUCUUUCGCCGGUGGUAGUAACAUUGGGAAUAUUUCAGCCCGGAGCAAAAACAGGGGAAAGGGAUCAAUGUGGUGGGGUAUUGCCAAAGCUGGGGAGCCAAACAACCUAUCCCCCCUUUCCCCUGGUGUUCCAUAUUUAGACUCCUCGGCGUAUUAUGGAACUCUUCGGCGUAAACAGAGGAGAUUAGCCAGAGAAAAUCCAGGACUUCUGGACGCCAUCGCCAAAGGUGCUAAGAUGGCUAUCCACGAAUGUCAGUUCCAGUUUAGGAAUCAACGGUGGAACUGUUCUACGAGGAAUUUUCUUCGGGGGAAGAAUUUGUUUGGAAAGAUCGUUGACAGAGGUUGCAGAGAAACAGCUUUUAUCUACGCUAUAACCUCAGCAGCCGUCACCCACGCUAUAGCCAGAGCCUGCAGCGAAGGCACCAUCGACACCUGCAACUGCGACACGCACUACAAAGGAAGACCUCAGGUUUUCGCUAAUGGCAACAAUGCCGCAGCCGUUACCAAUGUACGAGACUUCGAAUGGGGCGGCUGCUCUGACAAUAUAGGCUUCGGAUUUGAUGUCAGUCGGGAAUUUGUGGAUACGGGAGAACGCGGGAAGUCGCUGAGGGAGAAGAUUAAUCUGCACAAUAAUGAAGCUGGCCGAUGGCACGUCCAAUCUCAAAUGAGACAGGAAUGUAAGUGUCACGGAAUGUCAGGUUCAUGCACAGUCAAAACCUGCUGGAUGCGCCUUCCUCCGUUCAGAGUCAUCGGUGAUCUUCUUAAAGAUAGGUUCGACGGUGCGUCCCACAUCACCACCUCCAACGGUGGCAACGGCCGAAACAACAACAAAGGCCACAGCAACAGGCUGCCCAAACAUCCGAAGAUGAACGCCAUCAUGUCGAACAGCAUCCACUCCAAAAGAGAAAACAGAAGAAGGCUGCACAAAUACAACUUCCAGUUGAAACCGUUUAACCCAGAACACAAACCUCCAGGUACAAAAGAUCUGGUGUACUACGAAAUGUCUCCUGGUUUCUGCGAGAAGAAUCCCAAGUUAGGAAUCCAGGGGACUCAUGGGAGACUUUGUAAUGACACCUCCAUGGGCGUGGAAGGGUGUGAUAUCAUGUGUUGCGGCAGAGGAUACCGCACUCAAGAAAUAGUAGUUGUAGAAAGAUGUAACUGUACUUUUCACUGGUGUUGUGAGGUUAAGUGCGAUAUUUGCCGAACGCGGAAGACAAUUCAUACUUGUGUCUAAUGAACAUUGUUUCAAAUUUGAAAGUUAUUGCCAAAUUUUUACUACUGGAAGUAGGUAAAACAAAUAAUGAUGUAUAGCGUGUUCCUGCUACAAUAGAAUAUAAUUUUGCAAGGAAAAUAUCUGCUCAUAUGCAAGAUAUCUUUUUUCCAAUCACACUUCUAACUAAAGAUGUGUAUAAUUUAUUUAACCCUAUUCUUUAAGGCAAGGUAUCUCUGUAGGAAUCUAUGGAGGAGUAUCAUCGAGCCACAAGCUCUUAUACCUUGCCUUAUUGGUUCCUUAUUGGUCCCUUGCUGGGCAAUAUAAUUAUUUUUGUAAAACCUUACACUCUGAUAAUCUUUCUUGUUUUAUACAGGUGGCCACAUAUUUUUUGUAUUAAGCCAUUUUUACUCACCUUUCUAAAUUAAAAAUAUAUUAAUGCUUAUCUUCAAGUAUAGAAUUAUUUUGUUCUGAAUACGUUAUACGUAAUAUAUAGCGUUAAGAAAUUCUUGCAAAGAUAUUAAACUUAUCCAAAAAAAUUCCAGUUUUUUAAGCAUAAAUAUAAAUAUCUAGUAGAUACUAGAAGGAUUGUGAUCUGUGUAGUCGUAGUCUAUUAAAAUAGAUCAAUUUUUCUAUCUCUUUAUAUUGUAAGAAACUGUCGAAACGAAGAACACACUAUACAUCAGUUUUUAUCUUGAAACUUGUACAUAUUAUCAUAAUAUUUAUAUAAUAUCAAUUAAUUAUGUUGUACAUAUGUUUUUAACUUAAUAUACAGGGUGUUCCCGAAAAUAGUGCGUUCCUUAAAGGUAUAGGUAGAAGGCACUAUGUAGAUCAAAAAAGUCUUAUAACAUUUUUUUCUAAAUUCAACCUUUUGGCCAAAAAACCAAAAUACAUUUUGGUAUGCAAAUUGAAAUCUGACAACUAUGUAUACAAAAAUAUAAAGAUAUACAAUCAUAAUUCAAAAAUAGUUGCAGCAUGGGCCUUUAGUAUUUACAUUAAACCCUAUCUUCCUCCACAACAAACAAACAAAUUCUUGUUUUGUUUGAUUUUCAAAUAUGGGGUGGUAUAAUUAUUUUGCAGGUGUCUAUCUGUCUCACCUACAUUUCUAGUGUCAAUAACCUAAGUCACAAAGAGUUCUUGUACAGUGAUGCCAGAUUAUUUAAUUUUAUGAAAAUAAAAGUUCCCUUAUAUGAAGAACAAUGUAAUUUUUUUCUUGGAAACGGUUAACUUUAGAAAAAAAUGUUAUCGGACUUUUUUGUUCUACAUUUAGUGCAGUCACUGAAGGUGGAUAUGAGUUAUUACCUCCGAUUUCGUUGAACCUCCAUAGAUUUGCAUGGAAAUUGGUGAGUGGUUAGAGGAUAUCUCAAGGAACAAAGGUGACAUGGUGCCAACUUGCGCUUUUACCCUGGGAGUGGAUGCCACCCCUUCUCGGGGUUGAAAAUUAUUUUAUUGAAAAUAACCCCAUAAUUCGAUAGAGGGACAAAUUCUAAGCAAAAUUUGUUAUAUAAAAUUAUUAAAAUAAAUCAAAACUUUUUAAGUUAUUGAAGAUCAAAGAUUUUAAUUUUUCUUGAUAAAAAUGCAUGUUUUUAAAAUAUUUUUCAUCAAUAACUCAAAAACUAUAAGUUUUUGCAAAAAGUUAUUAUUGCCAAAAUUGAAGCUAAUAAAAAACGAAAUAAACCCUUUACUAGAAAAACAUAUUACUGUUAACUAAAAGUGAGGUAUAGGUAAUUUAAUAUAUAUUUUUUUCGGUGAGUAAAAAAAUCUAAGUAUUCAAGCUGAAAUAACGGGAAAAUGAUGCCUUGUGUAACAUAAACUUAUUAAACAUUUGUCAAAAAACUUAAAAAUAACAUGUUGAUAGCAUUAAAAUUUAUGCACCAAAAUUUUUCAAAAUUUAUCUUUUAAAAAUUUUUCCAAAAAAUGUUAUUGUUUUUUUAAUAACUCCGUUUUUUUACGAUAUCAGGUUUAUCUAAAAAACGUUUGAAAGUUAAUUCCAAGGACUAUUUAACUACGUUGAAUUUAAUCUUUUAGACCUCUUACUUUUUUAAAAAUAGAAGGUUAAAUGGACCCGGCGGUUGCAUGGUUUUCACAGCAAAAUUUAAGAUUUAAACGUUUCUAUCUCGGUUAUUUUUUACCCUAUGGAAAUAGUAAAACAGGUAAAAUAUUUGACAUAGAAAAACUAAAAUUAGGGUAAAUAUCAUUUUUUACGUAUAAUAAGUAUUUUUGGAGUUAUUAUCAAAAGAAUAUGAAAAUUACAACAAUUUUAAAAAUUAUGAUUUUUUAAAAUUAUAUCUUUUUUUUAAAAUAUGCAUUCUAAACCGGUCAAAUUUAUUAAAAUCAUUACUUAUCCUAAUAUAUCUACAGAAGUUGUUAUAAGGAUUACUAUAAAUUUUAAUUUUUGUGGAAAUGGCGUAUGUUUUAUUUUUCACUUUUCCAAAAAAAUUCGAAAGGGUUCUUUUCUUUUCAUCAUAACUUGCUUAAUUUUAACGCUAUUAACUUGUUCUGAAGCUCAUUUGAUAGAUAUUCUGAAGUGCGUUGACAAAUGAUUAGCAGGUGUAUUUUAUACAUUGCAUCGUUUUCCCGUUAUUUAAGCUUGAAUAUUUAGAUUUGAGUACUCGUCGAAGAAAAUACACAUUCAAUUGCCAAUAACUCACUUUGAACUAACAUUAGUUUAGUUCUUUAAGUGAGGAAUGUAUUCAGUUUUUUAUUGUCAUCAAUUUCAGUAAUAAUAACUAUUUUGUAAAAACUUAUAGUUUUUGAGUUAUACGUGAAAAACCGAUUUAAAACAUGCAUUUUUUUACAAAAAAAUAAAAUCUUUGGUGUUUAAUAACUCAAAAAGUGUUGAUUUAUAUUAAUAACUUUAUAUAAUAAAUUUUGCUUACAAUUUAUCCCUCUAUAGAUUUAUGGUAUUAUUUUUAAUAAAAUAAUUUUCACCCCCGAGAAGGGGUGGCAUCCACCCCCAGGGUAAAAGUGCAAGUUGGCAUCAUGUCACUAUUGUUCCUUGAGGUAUCCUCUAAUUACUCACCAAUUUUCAUGAAAAUCGAUAGAGGUUCAACGAAAUCGGAGGUGAAAACCUUCAGUGACUCCACUAAUUGUGUAUUAUAUCCAUACCUUAAAGGAACGCACUAUUUUCGGGGACAUUCUAUAUAUACAGGGAGUUCCAAUAUUUCCUUAAUUAGGUGCCAAUUGUGGACCCUAUGUUAUAGUUGUACCAGGUAUCUAAGACACUCAUUUAUAUUCAGCUCAGCAGGGUGUUAUUGUUCUAAGUGUGAAAUUACAUAAACAAGAAAUCAUUUCAUAAAACAGUUCGAUCCCUUGUUUAUGAGAUUCGACACCUCGAACAAUCAUACUCCGCUGGGCCGAUCUUAGGUAGCUGGCACGGGUAUACAACUUGUUUAUAACAUUGUCUUAUUUAUUUAUAAAAGGUGGACGUAGUCGUACUAAUAUUAAUUUGUGCCAAUCCGGUAGUGAACAAUAAUUUUUAUCAGUAUUAUUAUGUAAAAUAGAAAGACUGAUGCUUAGCGUUUAGACGAAUGUAUAUAGUGACUAAAAGUUUCUAGAAUUUUUUGUGUAAUCUUAAAUGUUUCCUUACAGCCUAAAUUAUUGUUAUUUUCAAUAUUUUUUGUCGAUAUCUAUUAAAUCUUUAAUUUAAUAUCUCUUUUCCUUAUUUUGCUAGCAGUUCAAGGGUAUACUAAAAAUGACUAAUAGUAUGAUCUAUGACUAUGACUAAUAGUAUCUAGAUUUAUUUUUGAAAUUACAAUUAGUGAACAUUCUGUAUUUAUUUAUACAUCUAUCCAUCUUGAUCUUUGACUAUUAAGUGUAUGAUGACAACCAUUUUAAAAUACAUGGAAGAUAAUAUUUUGUUUAAUGUAUCAAAUUAUAAUCUGUCCUUUGAUACACUGGGUGUCACAAAAAAGUGUUGACAAAAAGAAAGAAAACAGUUUGGCAGCUGGCAGUUUAAGGUUAGUAAAGAUGGUGCUUCAUGAUGGCCACAGUUUGGCGGCUUCUUUUAAAAACUUUCAGCUCUUGGUUCUUUAAAAUAAUAUUUUUCACUAGUCUGGUAUUGUGGUGGAAGUGUAUGUAAUGUAAAAUAAUGAGCACUAGACAUACAUAAUAUACCUAUUUCCAGAAUCGUCUUUUGUGAAACAUUUUCUACUUCUCGUCUAUGUAAAGGCUUCUUUCCCGGUUAUAAUUUUCCUAGUUGUAUAAACGGUAGUACUUUUGAGUAUUCUAACUUCACUGUUUAUGAGACCUGAUGUAUCUACAAGCUAAGGUGUAGGACAAGGUACAUAGGCACUAAAAGUACUUCAAACCUAUUUUUCGAAUGUUUAAAUUAUAACAUUACUAUAACUAAGUAUUUUCUAUGGGAAGUAAGCCACAAUUUUACUAAAAA